AUGGAGAGUGAGCAAGACCUAAUCGAAACCGUCGCCGUCGCCAUCGCCGUCGCCGUGCCGUUGCUACCGCCACUGCCACCGCCACCGCUACAGCCAUUCAUCUCCUUGAUGCUAGCACCAAUGCCACCACGUCGCGACACGGUAACUUUUGAAGAACCCAUGCCUUCGAACCCCGCCAGCGGCGAAGAAAGCGAUGAAAAGCAAAGCUUCUCCUCCAAAAACAAAUUCUCUUCCCGCAAUUCUUCUUCCAAGUAUGAUUUCGUUAAGGUGAAGGUGCGGUUAGGUGAUAAUGCGGAUCACUACUAUAUUCUAUUCAGAUUUUUGCUCAGUAGGAUGCUAACUGUAACCAAUAUUCCAAAUCAUGUAGCUAUUAAAAUUGCUCUUGAACUGAAGAAGCUGCUCAUUGACAAUAGCCUUCUAGAUGUGUAUGAAUUAUUCGGUAACUAUUUUAGUGGGUGGAUUCCAGAGUGGAUAGGCCAAAAGAAAAACCUGCGAUUUCUUGAUUUCUCUCAAAACUUGUUCUACGAAACCAUUCCUUCAAAUUUAGGUGACAUCAUUAGAAUGACUAGAUAUUGGCAAAAAUUCAUUUCUCUGUCUUUCUAAUAUCAUCCACUGUAUUCUAAUGAUACUAAUCUUUGUUGCUGGUGGUAACUUUCUGC